AUGGCUACCAUGACUAUGACCCAGCAAACCAAGCGGACCGCGAAGAAGAACGCAAAGUCGGUGCCCGAGAGUGAACGGUUCAUGCGAGCAUGCUCCGACAUUGCAAAUGCCCUCAUUCAGGAUUACGAGGCGCAUAGGGACUCGACAAAGCCUAGGAAGGAUCUGAACCUCAACAAGUUGCGCGGCACCUUUUCGAGCAAGCACUGCUUGUCCACUCAACCGCCACUCACAGCCAUUAUUGCAGCUGUACCGGAACACUACAAGAAAUAUAUUCUGCCAAAAUUGAUCGCAAAGCCCAUUCGUGCGUGCAGGAUCUCCAAAGAAGGAUUGGAAAUAUAACUAA